AUUAAACAUCCUCUCCUUUACAACACCCGACAUUGUCAUCCCCAGAUUUUGCUUUGAGGAUCUGUACCGCAGAUGACACCUUAACCCAGGCUGAAUCGGGCUUUCAAACUCCUUUCAAAUUGAAAAUUCAAGAAAGAGCUUUGAGCACUCGACAUCGCAGAUCUCAGUCUUCCAUCACCCAAACCAUGUCAUCAGCAUCUCAGUCUCUCACCACUCAAACUAUGGCGUCUCCAUCUCUCCUCAGUUUGCCCUCCGAAAUUCUCUACAGCAUUACGAACCAUCUCAGCUACGGUUCACAUCUCGCCCUCUCACUCACCUGUCGCGAGCUCUAUCGCAGAGUCGAUGCUCCUUGUCAGCCAUACACUCUACCAUCACCUUCCGGAGCGAAAUCCAAAACCUACACCAUGGCUGAUCUUCUUGAGAUAGAGAACUGGGAAGAGCCCGGCGCCCUUUGGGACACCUACCUCGGAUUUCGGAACCCCAAACCAACCGACUUGUUCGCAUGCCGCAUAUGCCUAUGUCUCCGCGUGGCCACCAAGUUUAUCAACCCACAGAAGGGCUAUACUUCCUGGUUCAAGUAUAUGAGUACAGUAUCCCUUGACCUCACGGAGCACAGAAAAGAGCGGUUCUGUAUACCGUGUGGGAUCAAGCGUAAAUGGUAUCACCACGGAACGCGAUUUAAGGCGAUGGGACGGCCAGAGGAGCACCUGCAUGUUUGCAAUGAGUGUGGUGAUUUCGAGGUGGUUCAGGCUGGAUCAAAGGGCUUAUGGCUUUGCGCUGCGUGCAGAAGAUAGGCAGAAGACAAUGGAAUAGUGGUUUGCGUUAAGUGAAUGAUUUAGACAGAAGGCAGUAAAACAGGG